GGAUGGGUAAAAUUUUAUUCAAAUAGGUAGGUAUGCCCGUAACUUCCUUCUAGUGGUAUCUGAGCACCCGGAGUCUGUUGGUGGGCAGUAGGCCCUGCGGCCCGGCCCGAUCAUUAUUUCUGAGGUUCCCUGUUACGCCGCGUAUAAGAGUCAGAUGGUGCGCCAGCCAGAUACAGGUAGAGUUGCCUGCUGCUGCAGCAGAUUCCCCGGCAAGCUGCACUCUCGUCCUCGACAAUGAUGCUUCGUCAGGUAUUCACGGUCUGCCUGACCACGGUGCUAGGCAUACAUGCCAUCAGCAUACCCCAAUUCGAGCAGUUUGCCAUAGACUCAGGGUUGGCCGUAACCGGGCUCAACGGGAUUGCACUCGUGAACUCGGCGUCCAAGUUCGGCCAGUCAUGCAAUCCGAGCAAUGUCAAAGUCCGCCGUGAAUGGAGAACCCUUUCCAAAAGCCAGCGCAGGGAGUUCAUUGCGGCUGUCAAAUGCCUCGCAUCAUCCCUCAGCAUCCUGGCGCCAGGACAGGCUGCGGGAGCCAAAUCGCUGUUUGACGAUUUCGUCUUUGUGCACAUGAAUCAGACCAUGUUUAUCCAUAACACGGGCAACUUUCUCACUUGGCAUCGGUACUUCAUCCACGUCUACGAGCAAAAGCUGCAGGCAUGUGGCUACAGAGGUACUCUCCCUUACUGGGACUGGGGAUUCGACGCUGAGUCACCGCGCGACUCGCCAGUAUUUGAUGGAUCAGACACGUCUCUAGGCAGUGACGGUGAAUUCGUCCCGCACCCUGGAUUGGAGAUCCUCUUCCCUGGUGCAACGGAACCCAUCGUCCUAGCUCCCGGCACCGGGGGUGGUUGCGUCUUUGCCGGCCCCUUUGCCAACUUUACCAUCCGCCUCGGACCCAUCUCGCAGCCGGACCCAACAGCAGACAACUCUCGUUGUCUGAAGCGGGACAUGAACGCUGAUUCCAUCAAAAGAUUCGCCAGCUUCAGGAAUACCACAGACUUGAUCGUGCAGUCCCAGACGAUCCAGUCUUUCCAAACCACCAUGGAAGGCGACCCCCGGUUUGUCCCGGGCUCACUGGGAGUUCACGGAGGCGGCCAUUUUGCCAUUGGCGGUGAUCCUGGUUCAGACCCUUUCAUCUCUCCCGGUGACCCUGCGUUUUACUUGCACCACAGCCAGAUCGACCGCGUCUACUGGAUCUGGCAGAUGUUGGACUUUGAGAACCGCCAGGGUGUUUUCGGAACAAACUUUAUGCUCGAUCUCAUUCCCAGCGCAAAUACGACGGUUGACGACAUCAUCGACUUGUCGCCUUUGGCCGGCCCGAUCAAGAUUAAGGAGCUGAUGAACACCGUUAGCGGAUCGCCUCUUUGCUACGUUUAUCUCUGAGAGUCAAGUGCUUGCCAGCAAUUGAUGAGAUGAUGAUUCUCAGAACAUCCGACCAAAGUCGCGAGACGGCCCAUAUUGUGUGAAGUGGGAGAUAGAGGAAGUACUGGUUGCAUUAGACAUCAGUGAUGACGGAUGAAGCAGAGGUGCAGUGUUGUUGCACGCAAAAUCGUCCCCAAGGAAGGUGGUACAGUACAUACGACUUGGAAGUACAAGCCUGGGCCCAUGGUUGUGUUAAAAGCGGUAGUCGAGAGGAUGAUUUUUGCAUACAAAAGAUCGAGGCUACAUUAACAGAUGCCAGCACCUCUCAAAGUACCGUACCAAAGCCA